CCCACGCCCAUCAAUGCCGAUAGUGUAAGUUCGGUCCAAUCAAGAACCAGCGGAGAACAAGAAUCUCUCCAUUUCUCCUUCCUACCCGUGCAGGGCCCCCGUCCCCCCCCACAUUACUGCGGCCACCAUCGCCACCAGCAGCAAUAGUACUAUCACAACCCCUAGAUCCCAGUUACUGGAAUUUUCGAAGCAUACCAUCCAGUAAUAGUUCCUAUUUUUAGAAUGGCCCAAGAAGACGACCUAGAUUCUGACAAGUCUCAGUCUCAAGCUACUUCCUCAUCUACAGAGCCGUCGUUAUCCAGAAACUUGUCGCUUAGUAAGCUCAACGCUCAGGCGCCUGCAUUCGUGCCCACUCGGAAUCCUACAUCUCGGUCAGAUCCACCUCCACAUCAACAGCAGCAGCGGCUAGUUAUCCCUCCUCCUCCUAUGGUGCAUGUCUACCCACCUGCCGCUGCUGCUUCUCCCACUCAUCCUCCUCCUCCCCCGCCAUUUCAUGUCCCUGUACACAGUCCCGUGCGCGUGCCAACCCAUGUGGUUCCCAUCCAGAAUCAUCACAGUCAGCACCAUAGUAAUCAGAGGAAUCAUCAACGUCAUCAAAAUCAUUACCACCCUCAUAGUCAGCAUCAUCAAUAUGUGCCGGUGCACUAUCACGGCCAGGAUCAGUAUCAUGACAGUGGCGUUGGUGAGCAGGAGGUUGAAGCUUCAACGAAGAAGGGGCAUCAAACAACGCAAGCUCAGGGAGAACAAAAUCACGGUGAUCCCCCAUCGAAAAACGGGGUAUCAGAGGAAGCCGCACAAAAGAUUUUGAAUCAGGUGGAGUAUUAUUUCAGUGAUCUUAACUUGGCCACUACCGAUCAUCUGAUGAGGUGCAUUAGCAAAGAUCCAGAAGGAUAUGUGCCCAUAUCUGUUGUUGCAUCUUUCAAGAAGAUAAAAACCCUCUUAAUUAGUAAUUCUCAGCUUGCCACUGUUCUGAGGACUUCACCAAAGCUGGUAGUCAGUGAGGAUGGGAAGAAAGUAAGACGACAGCAUCUCUUAACUGACAUGGAAGGAUUGCAAUCUCGCAUAGUAGUUGCUGAAAAUUUACCUGAAGAUCAUUGUCACCAAAAUCUCAUGAAAUUUUUUUCUUCCGUUGGGAGUGUGAAGACAAUCCGUACUUGUCAGCCUCAAGCUUCUUCUGGUGGAACUUCUUCAGCAUCGAGAUCGGCAAAAGCUGAUGGCAUGCAUUGCAGUAAUAAGCUGCAUGCAUUCGUGGAAUACGAGUCUGUUGAGUUUGCCGAGAAAGCAGUUACUGAGCUAAAUGAUGAGGGUAACUGGAGGAGUGGGCUUAGGGUCUGCUUGAUGCUCAAACGCACGGUAACCUCAAUGGCAAAAUCUGCUCAAGCGCGAGGGAAGAAAGCAAAUGAUGGGGAAGGGCAUUAUGAGGAAGAGGACACUUCAAUGUCUGAUCUGCGGCCUAAUGAUAAACAGGCUGGAGAUUCUUCCCAACAGUUUGAUGUCCACUCACACGAUCAUACAGGAGAGGGACAUAUCAAUGACAAGGAUGGUCUGUCAAAGAAGGGGCGUAACAGGGGGCAGGGAAAGGACCGUGGGCGGACUCAACACCAACAGAAUAAUCGUGGACACCACAUGGGAACACCCCUUUCAAAUAACAUGGUUUUCAAUGAGCAGCAAAUACCAGCAAAGCAACCUCCUGGGCCACGAAUGCCUGAUGGUACAAGAGGAUUUGCAAUGGGUCGAGGGAAGCCAGUGGCUGUUAACAUGGAAUGAUAUAUAUAUAUAACAUGUUGUCUUAAUGUAUAUUGCAUGCAAGUGUAUCUUGGGAUAUGAUACGGGUCGAGGGAAGCCAGUGGCUGUUAACAUGGAAUGAUAUAUAUAUAUAACAUGUUGUCUUAAUGUAUAUUGCAUGCAAGUGUAUCUUGGGAUAUGAUGAACCUUUAUGUAGCCGUGUAGAUGGCAGCGUUUUAGAAAGGCUGCUCAUCUUAGUUUUUCAGAGGUUCAAUUAGCAGUAUGAGUCAGAUUGUUCAAUGUCUAGAAGGACAAGGUCCCCUUCUUCCAUUGUUGAUCAAACCCAUUUAGUGUCAGCUCAACAAAGAUGGGGUUAAUAAAGAUUAGCCGUGUUACAAUUUCA